UUUAGCGCGUCUUUCACCACCAACGUCCUCUCUGCUGCUGUAUUGUGCCUCUAUCCAGCAUUGCAAUCAUAAAGGUUCACGGGAGAUGAAGGUUAAAAUCAAGCAGUGGAACGGCGUGGCAUCCUGGCUGUGGAUGGCCAAUGAUGAGAACUGUGGGAUCUGCAGAAUGUCUUUUAAUGGCUGCUGCCCAGACUGUAAGGUUCCUGGAGAUGACUGCCCGUUGGUCUGGGGCCAGUGCUCCCACUGCUUCCACAUGCACUGCAUCCUCAAAUGGCUCAACUCCCAGCAGGUCCAGCAGCAGUGCCCCAUGUGUCGGCAGGAGUGGAAGUUCAAAGAAUGAGCUCAUCCGGAGAAUGUCCACUUGAAUGCCUUUCAAAGACUGAGACUGAUGCGUCACAAUCYGAGGAUUCUAAUAAAUAUGCUUCUGUUUUUUUGUUGUACAUUUCCAGCUACUUUGUUUUUCUCUGAGGCUGUCAUUGUUUGUAUUAUGUGGAGGGGUGUGUGAAUAACAAUACAUGUGAAGAAGAAAUGUGA